CAGUCUGGGGCCUCUUCAGCCUAUGUGAUCCACCGACCUCUCCAGACCCCCAGCCCUAUGGGCCUACUUGCCCCCACUCCCAGGACCUCUAGAACACUCUUGCUCCAAAUGACUCAUCAGGCCUCUGUCUGAAGAGUAAGAAGAUCCUGAGAGCAUGUUUAUUUUCAUCAAACAUGGAGAUAAUCAGCAGUUUCUGGUCAAUACCAAUUGCUCUGUCCUUCUGUUGCUGCAUUACACCCGCAGUAAAGUAGGGUUGCCUAAAACAGGGCCUCAUUUACCCUGCGGUCUCCCUCCAGACACCAUCGAUUUGUGUGAUGAAACAGGGACAAUGAAGUUGCUUUUCCUGACGAAGACCCCUGGAGACUAUGCCAGCAAAUUCCUUACAGCUCGCAACACCUACUACAUUUGUAAGGUGGAGCGUGGAGCACCAGGAACCCGACUAGAGAAUGCCUACAGAGCUUUUGUGCCUCUCCUGAAGAAUCCAGAACCUGAGCUAAUUGAUGCCUUGCGCACACAAUGCGACAUCCUGGAGAGGAGCCGAGUGAAAUUGCUUAGAAGCCAAGAAGCCAAGAAAGUUGUUCCUAUUGAAUCCUCCAUGAACCUCCCAUCCAAAUCAACCGGAAGAUCAGAUGAAGAGGGGCCCACUCGCAGGGGUCCAACCUUUAGGACCAGAGCGGACUUUUUCAGUAGGAGGGAUAAACAUCGUUAACUAAAUAAAGUGACCAAGUGA